ACUUUCUUGCUUGUAUUACUUGCAAGCAAUGAUAACAUUAAUAGAAUGCAUCAUUAUUAAAAUAGUUUGUUGAUCAGUGUGAAUAGCUACGAUCAUUAGGUCCUAGAACAAAUACAAUCGCAACUGUUAACUCUUAAAGACGUCUUCCGUGUCUCCAAACGAAUUUAAUAAACAAAAUCGUGAUUAAAAUAUAAUAAAUGUGUGAAAAGGCCACAUACAGGUCUUCAUAGAUGGAAAGGUUCAAAUAACAAAACCGGAAAAAGGCCACAAAAUAAACUCGACAUUUGUGUGGUUUUCACAAAUGUAAAUAAUAUAUUAAAAAUUGUGUAUAUAAUGAAAAAUAAUAUUACACCAAGUUAUUAAUGUUGUGCUUUUAUGUGGAUAUUACUACGUAUUAUAAAUAUGAAAUCCAUUUUGCUGAAGGUAAUAAGACGAUUCAUCUUUCAAUGAAGUAGCCUUCAAGUUUUGUGGCUUGGUGAGGUGUGAGGCAGGUGUCCCAUGUGUGGGGUGGCGCGCGACAAGACCGGUGAGAGUGACAUUGUGCCCCCCCUGGAGGCCGCUAUGCCUCCAUCCAUCACAGUGGGAUCUGACCCUCCCAAGCCCACUGCGGGUCCAGGUGAUCAUCCGCCUCCACAGGAGCCUCCUACAAAUAAGGAUAUACCCACAAUUGAUCUGUCUUGUGAUGAGAAUGACGACUUGCAGAAGGCGAUUGCUCUCAGUCUGCAGGACCAGCAGGGCACUACUACUCUGCAGGGUGUAUCAGCCGAGGAUCAAGAAGUUUCUCGAGCCUUAGAAGCUAGCCUAAAGGAAUCGCAACCUCAGGCUACUAUUGACCUUUUGAAUCCGCAGGAACGUAAACGACAACCUGGAGUUCCUGUGGGGCUUAAAAAUAUAGGCAACUCUUGUUGGUUUAAUGUUGUUAUACAACCUCUCUUUCACAUACCGGUGUUUCGAGAUUUGAUCCUUAAUUUUUCUCAAAAUGGGGAUGUUGAGCAAAUGGAGGAAACGCAAAAAUCUUCUAGACAGCUUGUUCCAGCUUUACGUAAACUAUUUUCUUUAAUGAUUGGCUCAAAUAGAAAGUAUAUAGACCCUACUCAUGCUGUUCAUAUAUUUCAAGGGCAGGAAAUGAGAAAAAAUGCCCAGCAGGAUGUUUGUGAAUUCACCCACAAACUACUAGAGAGACUGGAAGAAGAAUUUCAGCAACUGCUACGUCGACAGGGAGUAGAAAAGGAGAGUUCUGGAUGCCAUGUCUCUAAGGAUGCUGAUUUUGAUAAUCCAAUUAUGAAACUUUUUUAUGGUCAGUCAAAAAAAGAAAUAUGUGAUGAUGAUAAUGGUCCAAAACAGGAAGCAUUUGGCCAGUAUCCCCUACAUGUGAUGAAUUUUGAAGAUAUUCAUGACAGUAUCUUGGCAUCAAUGGCUAGCUGUAUGCCAAACACACUCGGGGAUGUUGUUGAACCGGUGCAACAGGAAACCUGGUUUAAGAUGUUGCCACCUGUUUUAAUAUUUUCUUUGUCUCGAUACGAGUAUUCUCAUGAGAAAAAGAGAGCUGAGAAAGUUCACAAUAAAUUUGUAUUUCCAGAGUUUUUGUUUAUGGAUCGCUAUAUGGAAAUCAAUAAAAAGAUUAUAAAAGAGAAACACAUAAGAGUUGCUAAAUUAAAGGGGGAAUUGAAUAGUUUAACGAAAACUCUUGAUAGAUACCAAAAGUAUGGUACUGGUGAAGCAAAAUAUCCAAUUGGAGAUAUCCUCAAAUACACUCUAGAUUUUGCACAAACUGGCCUUAACCCAGUAUCGGAAACAGAAGCUAAUUCUGUUCCAUCUCCAUCUAUGAUGGAGGUGGAUGGGCUUGAAGCAGUUGAAAAUGAUGUUGAAAUGGCUGAUGCCCCAGAAGUUAAAAAAGAACGUUUAGAGGAAAAUGGCACGGAAAAGGAGAACAAGUCGAGGAUAUUAAUAGCAGGGGAAGCCGUCAUAAAUAAUUUAAUAUUAAAAGAAGAGCUAGAAGACAGCUUAAUAGUGAAAGAAGCAGUAGUAUCAAAUAACCUUGGCUCUAAUGAGGGAGAGGUGGAUGAGGAGCCACAGCAGAUGCCAUCUCCAUCCAAAAGAAUGAGGAUACUCCCUCCAGCACCACGAAACAUAACUACUUCUGAAUUAUCCAUUUUGCAAACUUGUCUUUCACGAUGGCUUCAGGACAUAAACUCACAAGUUGCAGAACUCCGUCAAUGUAUUAGCGAGCUUCAGCAACAACUGAAUAAAAUGUAUGAUGAACACUAUCUAAAACAGAUUCCAUAUAGGUUACAUGCUGUAGUAGUUCAUGAAGGGCAGGCCUCUGGAGGUCAUUACUGGGUUUAUACAUUUGAUAAUACACGCAAAACAUGGAUGAAAUUCAAUGACAUACAAGUUGUUGAAUCAAACUGGGAAGAGCUUCUGCAGGAUAGUGUUGGUGGCCAGAACAAUGCAAGUGCAUAUUGCCUCCUUUAUAUUGAUGAGAGUCGCUAUAAUACACUCUUUCCUCAAACGCCAGAGACCAUAGAAAGCAUGAUGGCCAGUUGUGCUAUCGACUUGCAAGAGUAUGUCAAAAAUGACAAUUUAGCAUUCAUGAGAGAAUUGGAGGAUUGGGAUCUGAAGCAGAAGAGUGACAAAGGGAAGGACACUUCAGGGGAUUUGCAAGAUCAACAAAGUGGCACCAGUUCAUGGGAUAAUAAUAUGCCAUUAGUGCCAGUUACAGCCCCAAACUCCCCUGAUAUCAUCUGCGUUCAGGAAGCUGACGAAGCAAGUUUUUUCACUGAGGUUCAAACUAUGCUCACUCAAACCAUUCUUGAUGCUCUUGCUAAAAAAGAUGAAAAUGCAUUGCAACGAGAACGUGGGACUCUGUUGAAUACUGUCUUGAUUAAUGAAUUUGUACGUCUUCAGAGUUUUGCUGAUGUAAAUGACGAGAGCAAUCCUUAUAGUGAACCUUCUAUUUUAGACUUUGGGGUGUACCUUAUACGAAAUAACCAGAAUGUAGACACACUUUUGCGAUGGUAUGGAUGUGAGGUAGUCUUACAAGUAGCACAUAAUAUAAGUGAACGCACACCUGUAGUGGAAAGAGUAGCACUCGAGGCUGCACAAUACUUGCAUCAGCUUCGGGAACAGCACCAGCGUACUGAAGGGCCCGAGUACCGUGGCUGGCGACGACACUACCGUUCCCUCAUUGACUGUGCCUGGCACCUAGUAUAUGGGUAUCGUCAUUAUGAUAAAGGUAAUUUAGAACGUGCUCUACCUCUAUUGUUGCGUGCUUGUCGAAUUCAUACCGAGCUGAAAGAUCGACCACCAUCGGGUACCAAAAAGACAUUGGAUAGACAAGUACUUUGGAAGUGCAGACGUGCAUGCUUACUGACUCUAAAUGAACAACUUAUCGAGGCAUUUCUUAAUGGAGAAGAGCAACACGUUAGGGAAAUUCAUGGAAGAGUGAACUCUUUGAUUAUACCUGCUUUAACUCAGUUAGGUGGUGUGGAAGAAGACAAGGCCACGGCAGAUGAUGUUCGUGCCCAUUGGUGCCAGUUACUGGAAAGGGAAAUAGGGUCACCAAGUAAAUCAAAGAUGAUUGAACAGAUAUUGGAAGGGGUGCUGAGUGGAGGUGGUGAAACCAAGGGGAUAAUUCCAUUGCAGAUUCCUCGUCCUCCGACUGUCCUUGCACUUUAUAAACAAUACGUUGAGACCUGUACGACUGUGAUGACAGCCAAGAGUAAAUGUAAGGCACAGACGAGUGAUUUGUGAGACUGUUGCUCUUUAGUCUCCACACAACCUGUUGUUUUAAGUGUUAAAGAGACAUGUGAUUCUAUGGAAAAGCUUUAGUUAUGUAAAGAUAUUCUUGCUAAACCUGUGAUAAACUUAAAAGAUUUCUGGAUCUGAAAGCACUUAGAAAAGCUUCCCUUUUAGCUUUUUAGCAAUCAGCAUAAGUUGUCUUAACCAAGCCAAGUCAUGAAGAAUUGUACUGUAUAAAAACGUUGUGUAUAUAUUGUACUUUGCCUCACCAAAGUCUGUCACACAUCCUUUUAAGAAAGAAGUUAACAUAAACUACCUAAUACUGUUCCCGAUUUAAUGCCUGUUCUGCCCUGUAUUGCAGGGAAUGCUUAUCCAAUUUUAGUGUGCUGACCAAUAUUGGGAGAGCUUAUUUUGGUAUUUAUUAUUCAUGAUCACUAUUUUUCAAUAGACAUAUUUUUAUUUAUUUUUAUUAUUUAUUACACUUAAGCAUUUAAUGCAAAAUCUCAUCCAAUCCUGCUUGCUAUUUUUGGAGAAAUCAUGCCAUGAACACUGUCAAGCCAAGAUGAGAAAUAAUUCUCUUGAUAUGUCCAUCAAGAAAAGACUCGAGACCUACACAUCAACGAGAGGGAAACCAAGUGGAUGCAGUUACUUAAACACAGUCUGGCAUGCAUGUUGUUGAAGCUCAGUCUCGGGAACCAGCUGACCGUGCUUCAUGUUGAAGAGCCGCCAUGAUCAUCAAGAAUGUCCGACUAAACGCAAGUAUAGGUACCAUAGGUAUUGAAAUGCAGUGUCCCAGCACCAAGUACAGUAAUCAACUCUCAGCACCUGACAUGUUGAAGAGGUAUCACUGUUUGAAGCACUACUCGUGGAAAAGACAGUAUUUAGCAAACUCAUUUCUUGGGUGUCCAAUCUACUUGCCCUGCAGCUAAUUUAAGUUCUAAAAGAGAACAGUAAUUGCAGUCAUGAAAUGUAAUAAGAUGUAAUGGCUAAUUACAAGUAUAUUUAAUUUGGAAGUAAUCUGAAGGUUGUCAAAAUAUUAUAUUAAACUGUGAAAACUAAAUUUAGAAAAUGGGAACCUGCAGGAACUUUCAACAACUGUAGGAAGUUAUACAAACCAAUUUUUAACCUAAUUAAAAAUAAGCUGUAAAAAGUACCAUAAGUGCUUCAGUAUAGCAGAGUUUUAUCAAGAGAACAUUUAAUCGUCCAUUUGUUUGUGGUGAAAUAAUGGAAUAAUUUAUCCAGUUGUAGUGAAAUACAAUAACUGAAUAAUUAAUUAACUUCUUAAUAUAAUUGUGAAAUUCAGUAGCAAAUUACUACAGAAACCCAAUUAGUAAUGUAAGAAAAUAGUUUUUUGUGCUCUAUUUUGUUAUAUAUUUAAAAUUUAAAUAUGAUUUUGUUUAUAAACAUGUAAAUAUAAAAUUUAGUGUACAGUAGGUAAAAAAAAAAAACUGCAGCACAAGGUUAAAAGCGCAUUACAUUUGCAAAGGAAGAAUUGGUUUCAUUAGCAAGACAGAAUGCCAAGUGCUGACUAUAAUGGAUAUUCAAUUGUUGGUCACAACAGGAAGCCAAGAUCAUAGCUGGAACAGCAAUAGCACAUAAGCUAUCUAUAACAUCAGUAUAGCUUGAAUAACGGCAGCCAAAAACUACCGAGGUAAUUGUAAUCUGAUCCCUUAUUUAACAAUGAAAGCAAUUCAUUACAUUGUACUUAUCUACCAGUAGCUAAUGAAGUCAUUUCUGCGCUGUUCCAGAGAUUAGUGAAUUUUUACCAGUUAGAAAAUUGUAAUUUCCGUGUUUCGGGGGCUGGUCAAGGGUUUUUACUGGUGGGGCUAGUUGUAUAUCUUGUACUCCAUACCUUUACAAAGAUUUGGAGGUGUUGACCAGACCACACACUAGAAGUUGAAGGGACGACGACGUUUCGGUCCGUCCUGGACCAUUCACAAUCGACUUGAGAAUGGUCCAGGACGGACCGAAACGUCGUCGUCCCUUCAACUUCUAGUGUGUGGUCUGGUCAACAUACUUCAGCCACGUUAUUGUGACUCAUCGCCUGCAUUUGGAGGUGUAUUUCUUUUGGUGAAAUAGAGAAAGUGUAUUUCAAUUUAGCUAAAAAUUGUCAAGAGAAGUAAAGUUUUCUUAGGACAACUUGUAUGGAUUUUGUAUUGGCUAAAUCUUCAAAAGAACUUUAGUUCACUGAAAUAUAGUGAAACAAAUAAUUAUAGCAACAAAAUAAUAAAGGCAAAAAUGAUUGAAGCAAAAUUGAAAGUGAUUCUGUGUGCUUGCUUUUUCAUGGCUUAAAAGGGACUGAUUUUGAGAAUUCACGACAAAUCAAUUUCAGUUUUGUGACUCGCGUGAUUUUAUUGGAGGGUUUUUUAUUUAAUGUGUUGAACCCACCAUUCACCUGCCACUGGACAUCGACUGUUCCUAUUGGUUAUUCCAAGUGUCAUGUGAUGUGUUCAGGACCUGUAAUAAGUUCAGAAUAAUGUACAGUCCUUUAGUGUUUUUGUAAGAUAACUGUUCACAAGUUACUUCCCUUCUCUUCUUAGCAAUGAACAUAAUGUAAAUAUGUAACAAUGUCAUUUUGCCACUUGAAAAGGCUUUACCUCCUGUUUAUGUUAGCAUCGAAAAAUACUUUAAUUCAAGGGUAUUUUGCCCCUAAUUUUGUUAAAAAUUGUGUACAGCUCUUACAAAUGUUUUCCUUUGUUGCUUGUACAUAUAUAAGAUAUGCACUGAAGUAAUAUUUUGGGGUCGAGAGAUUGGUCUCGUAUAGAUUGGAAGAAAGAUAAUUUCAGCGAGUGCAAAUAUUAACCAUACCGAUAAAUGGCAGAACUGUUGUCACUCGAGUACGAAAGAUUAUUAUUGUUGAAAUACUCCUAAUUGGUCUUAUUCAUUAUACUAAUAACAAAUACCAAAAAGGGUGCUUUAUGACGCAUGUUAAUUUGUUUGUAAAUACAUGUAGGACUCUGGUCA